UGAAAAGUGUUCACAAAAUUGUUUGCUGAAGCAUACCUCUAGCUCUUAGUAGAAUUGUCUUUCAGCAUCUGCAAUGUUGCUCUUUGGACAACGUGUAGGUUUUUGAGACCUUUUUGUUGUCGCCUUUGAGUUAGAGUUUUUCAUUCAUCGGUGCAUGCUGUUCACAUAAUAUUACAGUAGAGGCAGGUGUUUUGACUGCUCGUGUUGCGAAGCUAUCUUUCAUCCGGAUAUCCUUGAACAAGACGUACAAGCUGUACAGCUCUACAUAAGACUAGUGGUACUUGUGCAUGAUCACGCAGCUACCAAGUACCUGAUUACUAUUCUACCAGCUAGUAGUACAUGAAUAAUGGAUGACGAGGAAUCCAAUCGUCGUAUAAAUGAUGUGUAUAGCAAGUGGGAGAAAAAAGCUCCUAGUCUGGAGGACCGCGUUCGCGCGACGCACAACACUGGAAGAUCCAAUGCAUGGGAAAACGCUUUCGCUGACCAUGACGUUAGUGCAGGUCGUGUUGAGCGAAAAAUGAGACAAAGCAAGCCUAGGAGACGAAAUAUGGGAGGCAGAGGUGGAGGCAACUCUGGUCGGGGAGGCGGCGGAGGUCACAUUGCUCUGGGAGCUCUGCCACCGUAUGCACCAAAGUUUGCCUUUGACAGUGGCUUCUCAGCAAGCGAGUCUGUCUGUGCCAUCAAGCAUGUAUUCUGCGGAGACAGUUGCACAACCUGCACGGCAAUCAGCAAGGCAAAAUUCACUGACAAGAUGCUUCAUCUAAACAGCGGUCACAAGAAUGUUCUGACCGUUAGACCGCCAGUAACUGCCUCAUCAUUCAGUCAUGCCGCACCGUACCUAUCGUCAGCCUUCUCCAAGCAUAUUGCCGGGUCCUACCCGCAAGUCUACAAGGAUGUCCUAGCCUCCAGUCGAGUGAAAGCUAGCAUUGAUCAAGUCGUUCGAGAAGAGGUGAUUGCGCGUAACGAUUCAGUACCAGGCGCUGAAGCUGGCAUUCGUCGCUCGGUGGUAAAACAGGCGCAAAGCAUUGCCCAUAGUCUUUCUUCCUCUGUCAGCGAUGUUGCCAUCAGGUGCAUCGGCUGGCUGGUAUACCAUGUCCUGCGCAAGCUAGUCACAUCGCUAGAUAUUCGUUACGAAGAGGUCAAGAUGCUGAGAAAGGCAAUGGAGGAGCGUGUUCCUAUUGUUCUUCUUCCGACUCACCGAAGCCACCUGGACUCCCUCAUCCUGCUAUUUGUUAUGUUCAUAACGGAACAGCAGAUACCCAGGACCGUUGCUGGAGACAAUCUCAACCUGCCACUUAUAGCAACGCUGUUCCGCAACCACGGGUCGUUCUUCAUCCGCCGUCGACUGGACCAGGAGGAGGGCAAGAAAGACACUCUUUAUCGCGGUAUUUUGCAAGAGCACAUUGAGCAGCUGCUGAAGCAAAAUCAGACGCUCAUGUUCUACACAGAGGGUAGUCGCUCACGGUCAGGGAAAGUCGGUGAACCAAAGCUGGGACUGAUGUCCGUCGUAGUUGAUGCUGUCGUCGAAGGGUCGAUAUCGGACAUCUACUUAGUGCCGACGUCUAUAGCCUAUGAUAGGACACUGGAGUCUAACUCGCUGGCAAGCGAACUAAUGGGUCACCCGAAAGAAAAUGAGACACUUUGGAACACACUUUGCGGACUGUGGCGUAUGCUGACCGGUUCUAUUGGUCAGGUUCGUGUCAACUUCGGUCAACCUUUCUCCGUAAACGAGUACGUGCGUAAGCAGCCACACCAGCUGUCUCAAAGCGAUACCGGCGACAGCGACAGUACCCAAUCAUCACCCGCUGGUGGCAACACACAGGUGGUGUCGGGCCGACGCUCUCUGGUGCAAUCGCUCGGUAUGCAUGUCCGAAGCACCAUGGAGCGGCUGGUGCCCGCCAUGAGCACGCACAUUGUCUCCUGUCUGCUGUUGACGCGCUUCCGCCGCGGUGUGCAGAUGUCCCAGCUGUGCGAAUCCUAUGAGUGGCUAGAAAACGCUCUUAGAGAGAAUAGAAGGGACAUUGGUUUCACUGGUAGCCCGGCAGAGGCCGUUUCCCAUGCGUGCCGUGUUCUGUCCGAUGUCGUUGAUGUAUCGCCAGUGGAGAUUGACGAUGCCAACUGUGAUGAGAGGGAGGACUGCUUUGUCACGCCAUCCCUUACCCUACCCUCUGUGUUUCAGAUGACGACUUGUGCAGCACAGAUUUUGCCGAGCUUUCUCGUGGAAUCUGUGAUGGCUUGCAGCCUCCACUCAAUGGUCUACAGCAGUCAAAAGUUCAUCCAGAACAGGACGUGUGAAAUAGACAUCACCCAGUCUGAACUACUUACUGUGGCCGAGGACGUCUGCAAUCUACUGCGCAAGGAAUUCGACUUCACACUGCCCUGCCAGCCACUGAAGACUGUACUAACCAGUUCUCUAGAGAAGCUUAUGAACAGGUCCGUCCUGUCAUCUCCAUCAUCGAAUGCGUACUCUCAAAGGUAUCGUGCUGAAACGGAUGUAUGGGAUGAGGAGGCGGAAGUUGGAGGAUCCAUCAAGUUGAAGCUGAAACUAAGCGCGUACUCACGAGACUGGAUUCAGUUUUUUCAGUCUCUGCUCCGACCACAGCUGGAGAUCUACUGGAUUACAACUCGCCAGCUGUGUGUUCUCCUUGAUGAUGGCAUGGAGGAGUCCAAGUUUGUUGAGGCGGUGAAAGAGCAGCUGCAGGAACGACUGGACGCGGGCUUGACGGAGUACUCUGAGACAGUGACGGUGAACCCGGUUAGGAAUGCAGUGAAGGCCCUGUUGGAGGACGGUACGCUGGUCUUGGAACAAGGAGACGCAGCGGCGGCCGGUGGCGACGACGAUGCUCCUCAACUGCUCUUCUUAGCGCCAGAGAUGUGCUCACAGGGCGCUAUUGAUGGGCUGGCCUGCAGCAUCAAUGAUCUCAUGGCGUGAUCUACUAGUAAUAUGGUGAUGGUGUGACAGCAUUCAUAGUCCAGUCACUUUGUCUCUGAUGAUGUCAUGGCAUUGAUCAAGCGUUACAUUGUCCACUCUCCGCUACAAAGAUCUGGAUUCUCGCCAACACUAUUUCAGGGGUGUUAGUUGGGGCUCAGUCUCAGUCUCCCACACAAGUAUCUGGUCAGCUGCUCCCAUCGGUGUCGAAGAAUCUAUCCCUGGUGUUUCUCUUCCUUUCUGUGGAGAUGUCAAGCAGAGUUGGACCUGCUGUUUAUGUCUUUUUUUUUUAUUCCGUCUCUUAAUUAAGCUUCAUUGCGUGUCGCGUCCGCCCUCAUUGUCUAUGUGCUGCUGUCAGUGUAGCCUGGUCUUGAUGUGAUACGGUAGCAGGGCAUGCUAAGCUGGUCUUGUGCCCAUACAACGCCACUACCAGUCGCAGGGCAUGCUAAGCUGGUCUUGUGCCCAUACAACACCACCAUCGUCGGCACCCCUCACCCACAACAUACACUAACUCCUCUGCGGCUUGAACCAUGGCCGCUCGUUAUAAUUUUUUAUUCAUCCAAUUUCUGUUUUAUUCCGGCUUUCACGGUGCUAUCCGUUUCGACCAUGCUCUUGCAACUGCUACCUGUACCUGCUUCAACUGCUACCUGCUUCAACUCGCAGCAGAUGCAAGACUAUUUUAUUUUUUCCCUUUUUGAAGGCUUUUGCAGGUGCUGUCGCGCCUAUGCGUA